UUAAAAUCAAUUCAACAAAUUUUUUUCAAUUUAAAAACACAAUAAUAAAAAAUAAGAGAUUUUAGGAGACGACAUGAUUCCAAGAUUGUUUUCGAUUUAUGUUUUGGGAAUUAUAAUAAAUAUAAUAGUGUUUCCAAUUGUCAAAGGAAAACAAAUACAUUUUUCGGAAAAUAAUCUUUUAUUGGAAGAGAAUAAAUAUCAUACUGAUUCAUUUAAUAAUAUUGGUACAGGAACUAAUUUUAAGACGAGUGAAAACGGUGAAGAAAAUGAGAUCCUUGAAAAUUCCUAUUGGUUUUCGAACAUACCACUUUUGCCUGUAGUGGUUGCAACUUCUAAUUCUAUUCCGGAAGGUCCUUGUAAAAAACAAUUAAAUCUGUAUCUUAAUCAUUUGAAAAAUGGGACUUUAUGGGCGACUGAAAUGUUUGAUUCCUCGGCAAAAUAUCCUUACGGAAUAUUCGAUGGGCAUCUUCGACAUUUGGGAAACUUCGACCAGUGUUUUCGAAUUCAAACAGAAAUUCCAAAUCACGAAAGAGAUGGAGAAUUUGAAGAAAUCCGUAGCAGAUAUUGUUUAGUGGAUAUUAAAUACCAAGAGAAAAAUGAAGCUACAAAUUUCACAGGAAAACUUGAUAUUUGGUUUGAUCCUCAAGGUUCCGCCUGGGAAGCUAUUAGAGAAAAGGGCGAUUACCGAAGAUACCAGCGGUACCUUUUGCAAAUGGCUUUAUGUGUCCCAGCUGGUUGCCACCCCGAAGAUAUUGUAACAGCUUUGAGGGAACCCUUAGAAAAUUUUAACAAGCUAUACAAUGUUCAAGUACAAGCAUCAGUUCAAAAGGAUCUCUGCCAAGCAGCCCACGAAGCUAAACCAAUUUCUAAUUAUGCCAUCACUUACUGUAUUGUAUUUAUUUCAAUAAUCGCUCUUGUAAUAGUCAGCACUAUAUACGACUCUAAAUCUAAAGAAGAAGAAAAGCAAACACUACCAACAAAAUUAUUAUUUUGCUUUUCCGCACGCAGAAGUUUCAACAGCAUUUUCAAAGUGAAUUAUCAACAUCGUGGAUUUGAUUGUCUACACUUGCUUCGAAUUAUUGGUACAUAUUUUGUGUUAUUUGGUCAUAGAAACAUUCAAUCACUACAUACUUCAACUGUAAUUGGACGACAUCUCGAAUCACUAAUAGUUGCACCUACAACUAGCUUUAUUUUCAACGGUACCAUUAUCGUCGAUGGAUUUCUUGGUAUAGGAGGAAUGAUGUUGUCUUACCAGUUAUUAGAAUUUUUGGAAAGAUCGAAACAAUUAAAUGUGGUCCUUCUGAUUAUGAACCGACUUAUGAGAUUGGUACCACUUUACGCAUUCGUCGUUUUUGCUUAUGCAGUCUUGCUUCAUCACAUUGGUUCUGGACCAUUUUGGGAAAAUAGAUUUGGAUUCGAUCGAGACUCUUGUUCAAAUUAUUGGUGGGCAAAUCUUCUUUUUAUCAGCAAUUAUACCAAUUCAGAUAAUACGUGUAUAUUUCAAUCUUGGUACCUGUCUGUGGAUUUUCAAUCUUUCAUAGUAGGAUUACUUUUAGUGGGCACAUUUUGGAAAUUGCCUCGAAAAAUAGGUUACGUAUUUCUUGGAAGCUCUGUUGUUUUUUGUACCUUAAUACCGUUUUAUGUGACUUAUAAACAAGACAUCGAUCCACUUUUUAUAGGUUUAGGGACUCGCAGAAGAAUAGAGGACUAUUCCUAUUUUACAAAUUACUAUAUAAAAACCCAUAUGCGUUUGUCAGCAUAUGUUGUUGGAAUAAUGAUGGGAGCUUUUAUCUAUGAUUAUAAAUUUGCGACUUGGCGCCUCCCCAAGACAGUGUCUCGAGUUUUACUUGUUCUACAAGUAGUGGUACUAAAUUUCUACUGUUUGCAUCUUGGAGUCCAGUUUUUUGAUCCAAACGAGAAACCAACUCUUUUGAAAAAAGCUCUGUAUGCCAGUUUGCAUAGACCCAUUUACGCUUUUAGCGUUUGUUCUGUGGCGCUCCUCGUAACAGUUGGCGAUGGUCUAGAUUUUUUUUACAAAAUGAUGACUCCUGGAUGGGCUCAACCUAUUUCAAAACUCUCAUAUGGAAUUUUUCUCCUACAUUUCGUGAUUCAAUCUUACGAUGUAGGCACUGCGAGAGCAGCAAGCUCAAAUGCAAUCUACGGUGUGAUUCAAUAUUCGAUUUCCGACUUCAUUUUUUCUUUCAUUCUAUCAUUAUUUUUCGUUGUAAUGAUCGAGGAACCUUUCAAAAAUCUCGGAAAUUUACUCCUCAUGAGGAAAAACCCAUCGGGAUCAGAUAUCAAAUCAUCAGAGACUCCGAAGAAAGUGGAUUAAUUCUAAAAUAAAAUAAAAUAUUUUUGUAAAA